UCAGCUGGCAACCGGUGGCAUCUCGACUGCUUUCGCUGCACCUCCUGCGGCUCCCUACUCGACUCCGAUGCCAAUCUUCUCCUGCUCGGCGACGGCUCCCUCAUCUGCAACAACUGCACGUACAGCUGUACUGCCUGUGGCAACAAAAUCGAGGACCUGGCCAUCCUGACAGGCGAUCAGGCCUUCUGCUCGACAUGUUUCCGCUGCCGAAACUGCAAGCGCAAGAUCGAAAACCUUCGUUAUGCGAGGACAUCUCAGGGCAUAUUCUGCAUGGACUGCUACGAGACUUUGAUGGCUAGGAGAAGAAAGAAAUCCAAAGCGGCCGCAGCAGCCAAAGCUCGAGAGAAAGACCAGCCACCCGCGGUGCCGGAAAAGUCACUUCCGGCUCUCCCACCCGGUGCCAUUCCGAACAAUGCCUUCUCCGACGACCGCGUCGACCCCGAAGGGCCCACGGAGUUGUCACCUCGGCCUCGCACUGGCCAUCGACACAACGAGUCCGCGUCCAGGGGCAAGACUUCGCGCUCCCCAGAGCGUGCAGCCGCCGAUGCGACCAAAGAAGGCCUCAACCUUCCUUCGACUACAUAUCGCAGAAACCGCAACUCGACUAUUACUUCCAACAACGGCGAUGGCGGUGACGGCUUCUUGAUAUCCGUCGCUCUCGAUACGAGCCCAUCGCCAAAUGGUGCCCAGAAAGACAGCGCUGGCGAGGCUGGCAAGAAGAAGGACAAGGACCACAUCAGUGUUCCCCGGCCGACCAUGACUGACAAGCGCGCUGAUUCGCAUUCUUCCGCUACUCACAUCGCCUUCCUAGGGGCCGCCUCAGCUCCCGACUCCUCACAGGCCAAGCCUUCAUCUCGUUCCACUUCCAAGUCAGACCAGACCAAGGCCUCCCCGUCCACCGACGAUGCCAAACCUCAAGAGGCCCCGAAGAAGAGAAGGCCUACGGAGUCGCGGAGUGACAGCUCGCAAUCUGUCCCUCAGCAGGAGGGCACCGGCACCCCCAGCCGAACUGGCACCACUACUCCACGCAAGGACAGUACCUCGCAGCCUGACUCACGAAAGGCCAUGGACAACACUCCCGGGUCGCGAAGUUCCUACGAUUCCAAAGCGCAAGACGAAUCUGAUCCUAGCGCCAAGAUUGGACCGCGCUCUGACAGCGUCAAGAGCAUUCCACGAAAGGAGGUUCCAUCGGCACCUACCCGUCCUGAUGCCACCGUCUCGACCCCACGCCAGAGCCCUCCCUCUCGGUCUGGUGCAGCUGACAAGCCCUUGACUGACACUUAUAUGCAGCCCAGAGCGGCUCCUCAGCCCCCAAGCAGCCAAGCCCAGACUCCAGCCAAGGAAGCUGCGCCAGCAUCCAAGGGUUCUCACGCCUCACCCACUUCGCCGAAGCUUCCUAGGUGGAGCAGCGGCGCGGAUUUCACCAUGGAAGAGGACAUGGUCAGGAUACUUGGUUCUGACGAGGGCGCGUCCUCUCUCCUUAGACGCGUCUCCAAUGCUGUCCGUCACGGCCGUACGAGCAGCGUUGAAUCCAGCCAAAACCAUGCUGCCUCUCGAAGCUCCCAUACUCGAAGCAUCAGCGAGACGACGCGUGGUGCUAUUUCGCCUCGCUGGCCCAAGACGCAGGACGAUGUCAACGGCCAGGCGCAGGAUGCGGGGAGCCCUGCUUCCCUCUCGUCUCCAGAUAACGCCGCCGUGCUCAAGCAGCAGCUUAGAUCGUCUGAACUGCGAGUGGCUGAGUUGGAGAGGCAAUUCGGCGCCGAGAAGGAUCUGCUGAAUAUUAACCAGAAGCUCAUCGAAAAGAGAAAGACUGUUUCCGUACUGGACACUCAGACCGAGAUUAUGAUUCGACAGCUUGAGGUCCUGGCCGGAUAUGUUGAGCGGGCAAAGGAGACACAGGCCCCUCUUAAUGUCCAGGAGCUAGAGGAAUCCGCCAUCAAGGAGUUUGUCGAGAAACUCGAAAAGGUCAAGCAGUCCUUUACCGAGGAACUCGAGCGUCUGCACGAGGAGCGUGAUCAACUCCUCGAGGAAAAGAACCAGGCCGCGACGGACCGAGACCGCGCCCUCAUGGAAUUUGAGCAGCUGUCUUCCAAGAAUGCUCAGCUUGCAGACAUGAACAAUGAUCUCACGCACCAGAUCCAGGAACGCUUCAAGUCCCAGAUUAGCUCAGACGGCAAGUCGAACGGCUUGGGCAUCUACAGCCAACACAAGGGCGCUUCAUCUAUCAACCUCGACAACGCAAGCGUGACUACUGGCACCACCCUUAUCGCCGACGAAGACCCCACGAUUGUUGAGCACGGGCCUACUGUGGUCCAUGUCAGAAAGGGCCAAGUCAAGAAAUUCAACUGGAAGAAGGGCUCCAAGACCAUGGCACAGAACAUCACAAAGGGUGUCGGCCGUGCUGUCGUUGCUUUCCAGAACGAUCGCGAGAGAAUGCAGCAGCAAGGCUUGGGCGGCGACAGCAUCGGCCUUCCAUACAACAUGACUGUGGCCCAGGGGGAUUCCUCCAACGCGGCGACAGCCAACCUUCCUGCUGGGCGACAGCACCAACAACAAUUUGGCUUCUUUGGCAAAAAGAACGCAGCUGCCAAGACUGGACUGGUUGCCCCGGCCAACAUUGUGGUGGCUCAAGCAGCUCCAGAGCCUGCGUCGACGCUGUUCGGAUCCGAACUUGCAGAGAGAUGCGAGUAUGAGCAUCGCCAGAUUCCCAGUGUCGUGACUCGAUGCAUCGAAGAGGUUGAGCUGAGAGGCAUGGACCAGGAGGGUAUCUACCGAAAGACUGGUGGCAACUCUCAAAUCAACCAGAUCAAGGAAGGCUUCGACAAGGACGAAGACUAUGACAUCUCAGAUCCUGACCUUGACAUUACUGCCGUCACGAGUGUCUUGAAGCAAUACUUCCGAAAGUUGCCCAACCCCCUACUGACAUUUGAUGUCUAUGAGAAAGUGCUGGAGUCCAAUGGUGAGUUUUAUUCUAUUACCGAUGAGGCUGAGCGGUGCUCCUUCUUAAACAAGGUCUUUACUUCGAUGCCGCAGAGCCACAGAGAUUGUCUAGAAUUCCUCAUGUUCCACCUUCACCGCGUGGCAAUUAGAGAGCCUGAGAACUUGAUGUCGCCUAAAAACUUGGCCGUCGUGUUUGCACCAACCAUUAUGCGGGAUCUAAGCAUUGAGCGUGAAAUGACUGACAUGCACAACAAGAACCUUGCCGUUCAGUUUGUCAUUGAAAACACUCACAAGAUCUUC